CGUUGAACACAUCAAAUCCAAACCCCUCUCUCUCUCUCUCUCUCCACCCUAAUUUUUUUUUAACAAUUAUUAUUAUCAUCUUUCAUUCUCCAGAUCAAAAAAUCAAGGUUUUGUUUAUUGAAUUCAUGCUUCUUAUGAUCUGAGAUCUCUUAUUAUCAUCAUCUUUAUUCUUCUCCUUUUUUUCCCUUGGACUUAGAGUUAAUGGCGUGAAAACUCAGCGUUACAUCAAAACAUAUGGCUAAUAGAAACGGAGAUUCUUCUUCUUCACAGCCUCCUCAGGUCCAGACACAACAGCAGCAGCAGAAUAAUGCUCAUGAACAAGACCAAGAGCAUCAUUCUGGAAACGCGGACCCUCGUUCCCGUGGUGGCAACACGGUAUUCAAGAGUGGACCGCUGUAUAUAUCCUCAAAAGGGCUUGGGUGGACAUCUUGGAAGAAAAGAUGGUUUAUCUUGACGCGUACUUCACUGGUUUUCUUUCGAAGUGACCCGAGCGCAGUCCAACAGAGAGGAGGUGAGGUCAAUUUAACCCUUGGGGGAAUUGAUCUCAACAGUUCAGGCAGCGUGGUUGUUAAGGCAGAUAAAAAGCUCUUGACUGUUCUCUUCCCUGAUGGUCGUGAUGGACGUGCCUUCACACUCAAGGCUGACACAAUGGAGGAUCUACACGAGUGGAAAGCUGCUCUAGAACACGCUUUGACACAGGCACCUAGUGCUUCUCAUGUUAUGGGUCAAAAUGGUAUCUUCAGGAAUGAUCAAUCAGAUGCCCCUGCCGGUGUUGAUGAACACAGAGAUGAGGCACCAGCAAGACCAACCGUACUUGGAAGACCAGUUUUACUUGCUCUAGAAGAUGUUGAUGGAACUCCAUCUUUCUUGGAAAAGGCACUUAGAUUUGUUGAAGAUCAUGGAGUCAAUACAGAAGGAAUCUUGAGACAAGCUGCUGAUGUUGAUGAUGUUGAACACCGGAUUCGUGAAUAUGAGCAAGGUAAAAAUGAGUUCGCUCCAACAGAGGAUGCUCAUGUUAUUGCUGAUUGUCUUAAGUAUUUUCUCAGAGAGUUGCCUUCCUCUCCUGUCCCUGCAUCUUGUUGCAACGCCCUUCUGGAAGCUUGCCGUACUAUCCGUGGCAGUAGAGUCAAUGCUAUGCGUGAAGCAAUCUGUGAAUCCUUCCCUGAACCAAACCGACGCCUAUUACAAAGAAUCCUGAUGAUGAUGCAGCUUGUGGCCGCUAACAAAAAUGUCAACCGGAUGAACACGAAUGCUGUUGCAGCUUGUAUGGCACCUUUACUACUUCGACCUCUUCUGGCUGGGGACUGUAAUAUUGAAAAUGAUUUUGAUGUGGGCGGUGAUGGCUCUAUGCAACUUCUGCAAGCAGCUGCUGCAGCCAAUCAUGCUCAGGCUAUAGUGAUCACAUUGUUAGAAGAGUAUGACAGCAUUUUUGGAGAAGGUUCCUUGUCAGCUGGCUUGUACUCUGACUCAGAAGAGAGUGGUAGUGAAACGGAGGAGGGAACAGAUGAUGGAGACUAUGAUGAUGAUGAAGACUAUGAUGGCACACAAGGAUCUGGUGACUACACAGAUGAGGAAGAGGAUCUUGAAAAUGAAUCUGAGGGAUCAUACAGUGGGAGUGAAGCCUCAGAUCCUGAUGACCACCAUAAAGCACAGUCCUCUAUUCAGAUAACUGAAAUUACAAGCUCUGAAUCCACCCCAAAAGGAAGUAUGGAGGGCCAAGUUCCUAAGAAGCUUUUAUCCAGCUCUAAACGGUCUUCACUACCGCGGCAUGAUGGUGACGCAAGAAAGGAUAGUGCAGAGGUAAAGGCUGUGUUAGAGGUCUCAAAAACUGAGGAUAAGAAGUCAUCAACAUUAGCAAAUGCACCAGCAGGAGGAAGUAAAAGACUCUGGGGCCGUGCCCAUGGGAGGAAGAACCUCUCUAUGGAAUCUAUUAAUUUCACAUUGGAGGUGGAGGAGGACGAUGCUGAUAUUGAAAGACUUGAAUCAACCAAAGAAGAGCUACAAAACAGAAUCACAGAGGAAGUUAAAAACAACGCAGUACUACAAGCUAGUUUGGAACGACGGAAGAAAGCCUUGCAUGUGAGGCGCCAAGCUCUAGAGAAAGAUGUGGAAAGACUACAAGAACAGUUACAGCAAGAGAGAGACAGGAAGUUAGCUCUGGAAUCAGGCCUGAACAUGUCCAAAGAGAAUCAAACUAUUCCAGAAACAAUAGAUGAAAAGUUGAAGAAAGAUCUGCAAGAGGUAGCUCAGGCUGAGGAUGAUAUAGCCAACUUGGAAGACAAGGUUGAUGAUCUUGAGAAUAGACUUGGUCAACAAGACGUUAAAGGCUCUGGUUCACCGAAUGGUGGCCGCAGAGAAUCUCGGACAAGUCCAGAGCACAAUGCAAAGAUGAAGGAGAAGCAAAAGGAUACAGAAGAAGCCUCUGGUAAUGUUUCAGAAAGGUCAAUGCUCAAGGAUGGGCAAGGGUCUGACGCAAGAGAGAAUGAGAUAGAGAAUAUACAAGAUCCACGGAGCAAAAGCUCACAACAAAGCUCAAAGCUUGCGGGAAUGUCUAAGAGGUCUGGUGGCACAAGGGGAGAGGGAAACACAACAACAACGAUUUCUGCACUUUCCAAAUUGACAAUGCGGCUCAACUUCCUCAAGGAGAGACGGAGUCAGAUAGCUAACGAGCUCUCGAACAUAGACAAAGGCAAAGGCUCAGGGCAACCUAGUCCAUCUUCGACGCAAAGCCAAAAUGUGCAGGAAACUGAAAGAGAAACAGAGUUGAAGUCGAACCAGGAUUCAGACGACAGCAAACUCCAAAGCCCGCAUGUUCUUGACAGAGGAAGAUCCGACAACGGAGGGGACAGAAGCAGAGGAGGAGGAGGAUCUGAAGGAAACCAACCCAGCACUACACCUAGGACCUUGUCCAGAUGAUGAUCUCUUUAUUAACCCCAAUUUCCCCAUAUGUACAGCCACCUUUUAACUCCAGCUCCAUUUUUUACAUGCUUAUUCAUUCACUUCUAUUGCUUCAAAGACCAAAUAAACUACACUUUUCGUUCGUGUGUUCUUGAUUGUGCGUUGGAUCUUUUAUUGGUAGUGCCAUUGACAUCAGUAUAGAAACAAAAAAAAAGUUGAAUUGUAUAUUUGUAUGUAAACAACAAUGCUUGAACAAAAAUUAAAUAAUCAUUCGUAUCAAUGCUAUUCUUCUUAGUAGUCAUCAUCAUCAUCUUAAAGAAUAAAAGAAUUGAUCAAAAUCACUAAGCAGCUUAUUGACUUGCUCCAACGUAACAAAGAUCACACCAGUGAAAGGUCCUUGCCUACAAACCGUAGGAACAAAACACUUCUCCAGAGCCAUUGGUCCUUCAGCUCUAACUGUCUUCACCGCACAAUCUCACGCCCUCUGUACGGAGCCUCCACACCACCACGCGCAUCCACCUUCAUAUUCAUCACUCUUGUAUGUUGUGUUGUAAGAGCAGCUGUUGUAUGUUGACGAAUGCUUUUACUAGUCUGCUCCAAUCAGACUAGUAUGUGUGAGACUAAGAGAGCCCAUUGUUUGCUUUAUGGGCUUACGAGCAGGGUUUUUUGGGCUUUGCUUAUUCUGAAAAGGUUUUCACGACAAAAAGAAAAAAAGAAUACGUCGCCUGAGAGAUUCGAACUCUCGCGGGCAGAGCCCAUGUACUUAGCAGGCACACGCCUUAACCACUCGGCCAAAGUGACUUGUUGUUUCAAGCGGGAUAAAAGACAUAUCUAGAAAGCUUAUCAGGUUCUGGCAUCACUCUCGCAAUGGAGGUGCUUAAACUCCAGCUUAUUUGAUUCUACAUGGUUGACUUGAUUGAACUUGAGGAAGGCUUUACUCCACUCCACACCGU